AGCCACUUGGAAAACAAAGAUCACCGAGCACGCUUAUCCGACCAUCGAGACCGUCCCAAUUCCAAUGAGCCCGCUUUGCACAGUGAUCGAGCAAUGGGGCGAAUGGAAUGAGGGCACCGACUCAAAGGUGUCUAGCAUGAAUUCUGAGGAACUCCUUACACCUGAAGAGUCUCCCGUCCUAGGCUGCAAUGAGCUUCCAUGUGUUCCGGUGAAGAUGGGCGUUGUUGAGUGCGAGGACACCCCAUACGACCAGGAUGUCCCUGAGUCCCGGUCGUCAGCCGCCUGCGUCGUGAGGGAACUGGAGUACCGUCAAGUCCCUCCAGCGAUCACUUAUGCGCCUCGUCUCAAGUUUAAGCUGACUACUGUGAACAUAUCCUGGGCGUACAGAUGCAACUUCAGCGUCGAUGCUACUCCCCUUGUUCGCAAGUCGACCAAUGUCGUCGAGGUCGACUCUGAGGGCCUCAAGCGUACCACUCGCGGCACUCGCAAGGGCAAGGAGAAUGCACCUCGUGGUCCAAUCCUCGCGCUUUCUCAGUGAACGUUCUAGGAACCGAUCUCUUCCAUCGUCAAUCUGCCCUCUUAGCAUGGACCUUCCUAUCCGUUGUUAUCUCGACUCUUCGUUUCAAUUGCAAGUACUUUCUCGACCUCAAAUUCAAGAAACCCACAACGCCACU